GGCAGAUCCAAUAUCAAGCCAACAGUGACGAUGGCCGCCCGACGUGUGCUCGAAGAGACCGAGGUGUACGAGACGCCGGAGGAAGAGGUCUACCCCGUGGCGCCCGUGGCCCACGCCUAUGCCCACAUGGACGACAACCUCGCCUCCGAGAGCAACGAGAUCGACCGCCAUGGCGUGCGCCCGGCGGAUGCGUUUCACGCAUUCCUUGGCCGGUCCAUGUCGGUGACCAAGGAAGAGGUCAAGGUCGUGCCCCGCGGAGACCUCGAGACGCCGGCCAUGCGCUACCACCGCUUGCAGAUGGAAAUGGGCGAGCUCGAGGGCGAUCUGGCCCUCUUGCAGACCAUGGCGCAGAACGACCCGACCGCGCCGUCGUACGCGUCUAUGCUGCAAGGGCUCCAUGCAUUGCAGCAAAACCUGAGCCAAAUGGACCUUGGUACAACGUCCGCGCUGACGCAGAGCAGUCAAUCCAUCGUGCAGCAGCAGCUCUCGACGCAGCUCUUCAAGGACUUGCAGGCUUUUCGCGACCAAGCUGCGACCGGCGAACAGCCCUCCGACGGCGUCGUCUACGAGGUCUACGCGUUGCCGGAAAGCCGCGAACAGAAGCAUGCGACCGUGAAGCUGGCGUCCAUCGAGCAGCGCUUGGCGCAGCUCGAGAAGGCCGUUGGCGGGCCAACGGCGUCGCACUCGAUGCUCCACGCCAUCAACGACCUUGAAGGUCGCAUGGCGUUGCUGCAGCCAACCGAGCUCGACGCGAUCUCAUCGCGCGUCUCGGCGCUCUUGCACGACCUCACCGCGGUGAGCAAGCUCCAAGACUUGCAUGGUACGGUGCAGCAGUCGAUUCUCACGGCCCAAGAGAGCUCUCAGCUCAACGUCAUUCGCGAAAAGCUUCAGAGUGUGAGUGCGACUGCGGCGGCGCUGCCUGCUCUCGUCGAGAAGCUCACAUCGCUGCGUGCGCUGCACCAAGAUGCCAGCACCUUCAGCACGCGGCUGCAGACGCUGGAGGCGUCGCACGACCAUCUCAAAGACGUGCUCUCGACCGACGCCGCCCUGCUUCGCAACAUGGAAGCCAACUUGGCGGCCAACGUCGCCGUCUUCGCCGCCAACAUGGACGCGCUCGACAAGCGCAUGGACGCGCUCCUCCAGAAAAGCAGCUAAUCGGUCGUUAUCCACACGCUACUUUCGCGGGUUGUUGUCGUC